AUCUGGAAGUGUAUCUAUGUUACUUUUUAUUCGCGCUUCUAGCGAAUCAUAACACGUGGAUACGUUCAAGUAGAUAAUCGAAAUAAUGUCAAUAAAAUGUCGAAUGAUUUCUGAUUUAUACGAGUAAUAAUUACUAGAUCGAUCGUCGCGGGUAUCUACCAGUAAAAUUUCAAUCCUAGUUUAUUUUAUAACAUCUACUUACGAGGAGCAGCGUACCAAGGGACUCCGGGUUACUAUAGUGUAAACAAAGAUUCAAAAUCGCUUGUGAAAUAUGGCGGGAAAGGAACAGUUCGAUGAAUAUUUAGGAGGAUCGGAAAAAUUGCCGAACGAGGUUCACAUUAUGAAGCUUGUUUCCGCGAGAGCUAGCGAAAUUGCUGCGAUGACACAUGCCAUAGAGAAUCAUCAACAAACGAAACUUGUCUUUCAAAAGCUGCCCGUCUACAUGCGCAGGCGCGUAAUGUCGCACAACGUAAAGCGCUUACCGCGCCGAUUGCGGGAGGCACAUUUGAAUCAAAUGACGAAAUCUGGUUUGCCGCCAAAAAGUAAGAGACCGUCGCGUAGAUACCGUAGACGGCCAAGGAAUUUACUGUUGGAGUAUAAUAGAAGACAAAGAAGUAAAGUCUGGCUGGAGACCCACAUUUGGCACGCGAAACGCUUUCACAUGGUAGAGAAAUGGGGCUACAGAAUCGCGAGUCACGCAAACGACAGAUGCUUCAAGGCAAAUUAUCGCGCCGUUGCUAAACAUUGUUUAAUGCAGGAUAUUUCGUACUACACGUGCAUUGAAAUCUAUGGACCCGAUGACAUUCUAAAGGAGACCUUAAAAAAGCAUUGCAAUCCAUUAGAGUUGACGUUUGCAGCAAAAAUUUUUAUUUCUGGUACAAGGGAAGGGACUGUAAUGUUUUUUAAACAAAAUGGUUAUCCACAAUUUCCGAUUGGUCACGUGCACUUCCUGUGGAGGCCGAGUAAUAGUUCAAAUUUAAAAACAAUAUGGAUUUGGGUACAUCCAUCGUUUCUCGAUGAUUUUGUUGAUGAAAUUGUACUGAGUUUUGACUUUAAACCAAGUGAUACGGAUCCUGUUCCUACAAAUAGUCAUACUACAAAGUUUAGUUCAUAUGUAAAUGAUGGAAACUGUAAAAUGAGCAUUCAUAAAAAUAAGUUGAAUAGAUUUCGUUUUUAUGGACCGUUAACGUUAAACGUCCUGACGCAAACUCUGCGGAUGCCGAAUAUUAAUGAUAAAUUGUAUUCAACAAAUACAAUGGAAGUGGAAGAAAAUAGAAUGGAGUAUGAGGAAGAAUGUCAGAACACUGAUAAAUUAUGGCAUAAAGAAUAUUAUAGCAAUGAAGAUAACAUUGAAUCUUUAAAUAUUCAGAAUCAAUUAUGGGAGGUAUUAAAAACACUACAGUCACCUAGUCAAUUGCCACCGAAUAUUGUUCUUGGAUUUACAGUUUUAGAUCCAAGAUUUUGCCUGCCUGAAAAAAGAACAAAACCCCAUAACACCAUUUCAAAGAUGAUUGAAUUAAUGCCAAUGCCACCUACAAAUGCUAAUUCCAGUCCAAUUUGGGACCAAGAAAUACGGCAGAAAGUUACUAAAACAUAUGUAACAACUAGUGCUAUUAAUAAGCUUAGAAGUGAAUGUUUAGUUCCUGGCAUAAAUAAUGAUAAGUAUUUUAAUGAGGAGAUCAUGGCCAGGAUACCCAUACUUUUAAUUCAGAAACCAGGAAUUGGGAAUACAGGUUUAGGUUCUGCGAUAGACAUCAUUUUACCAGCAGGUUGGGCAAUGCCAUUCUGGCUUUCUUGUAUAUUUCGUUGUGUGAGAGUAGGUGCACUCCGGGAAUCAAAGUCUAUCGCGUUCGAGUAUGGAAAUAUAAAAUCACCAGACAUCAAUGAUCCAGACACACCUGCUUAUGCAAGAGAAGCAUUAAGUACCAAAACGGAAUUAAUAGAGAAAUAUUUACGCUAUCCACCAAAUAGACGUGUAAAUUUUAUAAAACUUGGAAUCUCUACCCCUUUCUAUUGUGAAUGGAAUAUCUUAAUGAAGGAGUGGACAAAUGUUGAAAACUUUUUUGUAUUAAGAGAUCGUACACUACUUGAAUUGUUACGAGAAAAUUUAGCAGCCAGAGAAGUUAAAAGUAAACAUAAUAAAUCAAAUAGAUUCAAACCAGAUAUUAAUUUAGAAAAUUCAUUUGAAAAUAGAAAUUGUUUGAUUCGUGUUAAAGUAUCAGUUUCACAAAAGGGAUGUCCUAAAAGAUUUGCGAUAAUAUGUAUGCCAUCGGAUAAGGAUUUAGGAAAUUAUACAAAUAAAAAAUCUUGGUCAGGACCUAUAGAAAAGCUGAAUCCUGAUCCAAAUGAAACUACUAGGAAACAAUUAAGAAAAAACCAUUUAGUACUUUUAAAACGUUUAAAGAAGCAAAGGAAACGACAUAAAAAAUCAUUAACCAAUAAAUUGAGCCAAAUGUUAAAGAAUGACUUUCAAGUCGUAAAUUAUGAAAACAAGAGGAAAAAUUUAUUAGAAAUAAGUCGUGAAGCUGUCUGCAAACAGUACAAAAAAAUGUCACAGUUGUACCUUCCAAAUUGUGUUAAUGUAAGAAGUUCUUGCAGUAGAGAGAUCAUGGGAUAUAUAACGAUAGGCGAUUUUUCUUUUGCACAAGCAAAAAGCAUGGGUUUAGGCAUGACGACAAAUAAAUAUACUGAUAAGUAUACAUUCUGAAUUCCGAUAACCUUCAGUUGAACCAGUAGGCUCGCUAGAACGUUACAAGACAAAAUAGCAGCCACGUUAUAUUACGGUCAGUUAAUUUCAAUUUGGAAUCAAUUUAUU